CGGAGCUUUUGACUUGCAGGCUGUUCAGUCGGAGCAGAGCUGAAAUGAUGGAGCAGAACGUGACCAGUCGAUGGGAAGUUGUGGCCAAGAAAAUGGAGACCAUUAAAGAAGUGGUGAAUAUUGCUAAGCCCUUUCUUGAGCUGGCUGCCCCUGCUCUACACCAGUUCAUAAACAACGUUCAGAGCAAAGAGGUCUCCUUCGUCAAGGAGCAGAUCCUGACUUUGAAGAACAAACUUGAUGUGAUCUCCGCCCAACAGAAGGAAAUCAGCAGAGAGAUGGAAAAGAGCUCAAUGGAUUUGCAGUAUUUUAAAAUAGAGAGCAACAUUCGGUACCAGUAUGAGAAGUUCAUUGACAUCUUGGAAGCAGAGGAGAAGUUACAGGAAGAAAAGAAGGAAAUUUUUCUGGAACAAUUUGUCCACACUGGUGAUGACAGCAAUCUGGACUCAUUGUAUGACGCUGUGAUGGGGAAAGGCCUGUCUGAAAAGUCUAUUUUAGAUGUAGUAAAUAGACAUGCAGCAGGGGAUCGAGGCCUCCUGGUGGAUUUCUGUGUUCGGCUGAUGAAGCUCCUCAUGAAGGGCUUGACUGCUCUGCUGGGCCACUGCGGCCUUAACCAGGAAAUGAGUGCAGAAAGAGUAAAGGAGAAAACGGAAGAAUGGCGCAGCAAAAUAAAAGAUGUAGAGUUAAAGAUGAAGUUGACCAUAGAGUCCUGUAUGGAAGCUUUCCCAGAGCAUGCAAAAGCGGAUACUCAGCGCCUCUUUGUAGAGAAGGGAGAAAAGGAUCCUGCAGGUACCGCCAAGGAGCUUCUUGAAUUCCUGAAAAAGAAGUAUGAUUGGGUCAGCUGGUCAGUGCUGCUGAUUAGUGAUUCAGAAAAUUUCUUUUUGAAUUGGCUAGCGGGAAAACACUUCCACCAUGUGAUUGGGCAGAACUGGUUUUUUGUUCCCCCGGUGAAUAAAGUUAACCUGGUGGUGUCAUACAGCACCAAACCACAGCAGGUGCCCCACGACCUCAUCCAGCAGGUGAUGAAGGACCAGGGGAACAAGGGAGAUGCCCAGGAAGUGGCUUAUAUGUUGAAGGAUCAGCUCCGCGGGUUUGUGAUCCAUGCUGUUAGUCAGGACAAGAACAGUAAAGCUGAAUGGAGCUUUCCAGAUGAUUGCUACUACUGGGGGACAAACAAGAACGUGGCAGUGUGCGUGCACUCAGAGUAA